GUUUGAGCUCUAGAAGAUGGCGUCGGUUAGAUCACCCCUCUCGUCGGAGUCCGAAGGGGAGCUUUAUGAGGUUGAAAAGCUUCUUGGAAAAAGAACUCACAAUGGCAAAGUGGAGUAUCUCAUACGCUGGAAAGGCUGCAGGAAAGAGGACGACUCGUGGGAACCAGUGAAGAAUUUGAAGGGCUGCCAACCUUUGAUUAAACACUUUAACAAAACACGUUCUCCUUCUCCAGGGAGAAAGGCCAAGACACCAAAGAAGUCUCAAGUAAUACAAAAAGUACAGACAACAACAACACCAAAAGUUGAAGAGUACACUAAACUGAAAACCCCAAGCACUCAAUCAUCAGAUUUUGUGAUUCUUCAUAGGAAAAAAGGGCCAAUAACUUACAAACAAGAAACAAAAGAAGAAAAAGAAGUUGAGAUUACUACAAAGACAGACACUGUGGGGGAGAUAAAAAUUGAGGAAAAGAAAUCCAUCACAGAAGAAGAGCCUUCCAAACCUUUACCCAAGGAAAAGACUACUGCAGUAGCAGUCAAUGCAAGAAAGGAGGUUUUAAAAGUUUUCACUGCGUUAGUUGUCUUAACAUUUUUCAUUCUUAUUUUAUUCUCAUUUUUUCGUGUUGUAGGAGAUAAGUAAGUGCAAUUUAGUGCUUUUACACAAAGGUUUUAACUUGAUUUUAUAAUACAUUUAUAUUUGUUUAUAUUUUGUGGUAGCAGCUUAGGGAGUUAUGAAUGAGUAUUAGCAGGUUAUGGAUGUGUGGAAGAUACUACAUUGCCACAGGGAUAUGGAAUCUGUCUCUGCUUUUCUUU